AGUUGUUGAUAAUAAUUCAUCACUGAUCGAGUUGGAAACUUGAAAAUUAUUCCUAACAUUAAUAAGUAAAAAUAAAAAAUGGGUUUGAGGAUGGUGUUGUUUAUAGUGUUGGUGGCGGGGAUGUUAAGUGUGAGUUGUUGUUGGGGAAAAGAAGCGUCAGAGAAAGCGAAUAUGGCGACGGACGAUGCUACAGACAAAACCGCUUCUUGGGCUGAUUGGGUCUCUACCAAAUUCUCCCAGUACCAAGACGAUGCAAAAGACGAAGCCCAAAGACUAACGGAUAGAGCUGAAGAGACUCUGUCAAAUGCAAGAGAUUCUGUUAAUUCUGCUGCACAUGAAACCCAAAGGUAUGGUUCUCAAACGGCUAAGGAGAUGGCUGAUGUAGCAUCUGACAAAUUGGGUGAUGCUAAAAAAUUUGCAUCCGAGAAAGCUAAUCAAGCUAUGGAUGCAGCAGCAGAUACCGCUGGUCACGCCAAAGAAAGAGGAAAAGAAAAUGCGUAUGAUGCUUAUGCCUAUGCAUCGGAGAAAACCGCCAAAGCCACAAAAACGGCUACCGAGUUUGCCAAAGAAAAGGCUCAUGAUGCUUAUUCCUAUGCAUCUGAUAAAACAGGUCAAGCCACUAACAUGGUGGCCGACGCCAAAGAAAGUGCCAAACAUAAGGCUUAUGAUGCUACCAAUUUUGCCCAAGAGAAGGCACAUGAUGCUUAUGCUUAUGCUUCUGAUAAGGCAGGUCGAGCCACUAAUAUUGCUUCUGAUAUGGCGGCCGACGCAAAAGAAAGAGCCAAAUAUACGGCUUAUGAUGCUUAUGAUUUCACCAAAGAGAAGGCACGUGAUGCUUAUGCCUCCGCAUCUGAUAAGGCAGGUCGAGCUACUAACAUUGCGUCUGACAUGGCCGCUGAUGCCAAAGAAAGCAUCAAACAUAAAGCUUAUAAUGCCAAAGAUUUUACCUCUGACAAGGCGCAUGAUUCCGUGAAUACUGCUUCCAAAAUGGGUAGUUCAGCUAAUGAGAAGGUUAGGGAUAAAGCUAAGGAUGCCUAUGCUUAUGCUACAGACAAGGCACGUCAUGCCAAAGAAAUAGGGAAAGACAAAGUGUAUGAUGCUUAUGGUUAUGCAUCUGACAAGAUGAACCAAGCGAAGGGCAGAGCUUCUAAUAUAGCUGGCAAUUCAGAAGACAAGAUGAAGGCCAAAGCAUCGGAUGCCUCUGGUUUUGCUACUGAUAAGGCAAGCGAUGCCAAAGAAAUUGGGGAAGACAGAGCCUAUGAUGCUUAUGGAUUUGUAUCCGAAAAGAUGAACCGAGCAAGGGAUGAGGCUUCUAAUAUUGCUGGUAAUUCAAAAGACACUAUGAAAGAUAAAGCAUCGGAUGCCUAUGACUUUGCUUCUAGUAAAGCCGAUCACACCAUAAGAAUGGCUACCGACAGAGCCAAUUAUGCGAAAGACAGAGCUUAUGAUGGAUACGAGGGGGCCAAAUUAAAAGUGCAUGAAACUUACAACUCUGCCAAGAAUACGAUGAAUGAACAAGCAAAGGAUAAAUAUGAAAUGGCCAAAGAGAAGGCUUCGGACGCUGCAGGUAACGUUGGAGCAAAAAUGAGAAGUGCGGGUGGCAAAGAAUUAUGAGCAAUCAAUUAGUCAUAUAUAACAGCCCCGAAAGGAAAUCUUGCAUGGGAAGAUGUUCCUCAUUGAAGUAAUUUUCUAUCAGGUGAGUGACUUAGAUUUUACUACUAUUAUAUUGUAUCUUAUAUUGUUGCCUAUUCUUUUCGUAGGACAGAGGAAGUUCUUGAUGAACUUAAUUAUGUAAGGUCAUAGCUUGGGUUAAACUUUAAUUUAAUAAAGAGAAUGA